UCAAAAAGCCAGCAACAUCUCAGAAGUUGCACAAUAGAGGGAAAAACUUCAAAAGCCCGUUUACAUAGAGAGAGAGAGAGAGAGAGAGAGAGUGAGUGAGAGAAUGGAAAUGAAUUCUAUUCUCGAAGCUUUCCAACCCAUUUCCAUGGCGCUCUUCAUUAUCCCUUUACUUUUCUUGUUCCUCCUAACUCGGCUCCGCCGUCAGCUUCCCUACCCGCCGGGCCCAAAAGGCUUGCCUUUGAUCGGAAACAUGAUGAUGAUGGACCAGCUGACCCACCGCGGCUUAGCCAAGCUUGCCAAGAAAUACGGCGGCUUAUUCCACCUCCGGAUGGGUUAUCUCCACAUGGUGGCGGUUUCUUCACCCGAAAUAGCCCGACAAGUUCUCCAAGUCCAAGACAACAUCUUCUCGAACCGACCCGCCACCAUCGCCAUCAGCUACCUCACCUACGACCGAGCCGACAUGGCUUUCGCUCACUACGGCCCGUUCUGGCGCCAGAUGCGCAAGCUCUGUGUCAUGAAGCUCUUCAGCCGCAAACGAGCCGAGUCGUGGGAGUCCGUACGAGACGAAGUCGACUACAUGGUCCGAAGCGUAGUCACCAGCGCCGGCUCAGCCGUGAACAUCGGCGAGAUGGUUUUCGCGCUGACCCGGAACAUCACGUACCGGGCUGCUUUCGGGUCGAGUUCUCACGAGGGUCAGGACGAUUUCAUUAAGAUACUGCAGGAGUUUUCGAAACUUUUCGGCGCUUUUAACAUUGCCGAUUUUAUACCGUCGUUGAGCUGGGUUGACCCGCAGGGACUCGGGGAUAGACUCGCUAAGGCUCGUGCGUCGCUUGAUGGGUUUAUUGACUCGAUCAUCGACGAUCACAUGCAUAAAUAUAAGACGAGUACAUGCGCCGAUGAUGAGGGGACUACUGAUAUGGUGGACGAUUUGCUUGCUUUUUACAGUGAUGAAGCCAAAGUCACUGAAUCGGACGAUUUACAGAACGCUAUCAAGCUCACUAGAGAUAACAUCAAAGCUAUCAUCAUGGACGUAAUGUUUGGAGGAACAGAAACGGUAGCAUCGGCGAUCGAGUGGGCCAUGUCGGAGUUAAUGAAAAGCCCCGAAGAUCUCAAGAGAGUCCAACAAGAGCUCGCUGACGUGGUCGGCCUACACCGGCGCGUCGAAGAGUCCGACUUCGAAAAGCUUACCUUCCUCAAGUGCGCCCUCAAAGAAACUCUCCGACUCCACCCUCCGAUUCCCCUCCUCCUCCACGAGACCUCCGAGGACGCCGAAAUCUCCGGCUACCGGAUCCCCGCCAGAUCCCGGGUCAUGAUCAACGCCUGGGCCAUAGGGCGCGACCCGAACUCCUGGGAAGACCCGGAAACCUUCAGGCCCGCCCGGUUCCUCAAAGAGAAUGUCCCGGAUUUUAAGGGGAGCAACUUCGAGUUCAUUCCUUUCGGGUCGGGUCGGAGGUCUUGCCCGGGUAUGCAGCUCGGACUCUAUGCUCUGGACAUGUCCGUGGCUCAUCUUCUUCACUGCUUCACUUGGGAGCUACCGGACGGGAUGAAGCCCAGCGAGCUUGAUAUGGGUGACGUGUUCGGACUCACCGCUCCGAGAGCUACCCGACUCGUUGCUGUGCCCACGCCCCGACUCCUGUGCCCGCUUUAUUGACCCGGCAAAAAGAUUUGGUUGAGGGAUCCAAAGUGAUUGCCCCAACGCAAGGGAGUGUUUGGGUUUUUCCUUUUUUAUUAAUUAAUAUAGGAGGGAAGAAACAAGAAAUAACUACAAAAGAGGUGGAAAAGGAAAAGGAAAAGUAAAAGGAAAAGGAAAAGUGGGGAUUUUAAUUUGUCUUUCUCAUGUGGAUAUUGAUAAACUCUCUUUAUCUUUCAUUUGUUUUGUAUGUGAACAUUUGGUUUGUAAUAUUACUUCUGUUUUUUUUAUGUUACUGUCACACUAAACAAAUAAAGAGUGUCAGAAAGAAAAUUUUCAUAUGAA